GAAGCUGCCACCGCCUCCUCAGUCUCCCGGCGCUCGGGCCGCCUCCUCGGCCAGUGGCGUAGCCGACUCGGUGUCUCUGCCUGGCAGCUAGGGGCGGAGGUCCCGAGCCCAGCCUGGACCCGAGCGGAGGGCCAUGGAGAAAGCGGCCCGCGGCAUUCUCCUCACUGACUAGAGCGGGCCCUUUGCGGCUGCCGACGCCAUGGACCGAGCCCCCAGCGACCAGAAUGUCAAGCUGUCAGCGGAGGUGGAGCCGUUUAUCCCCCAGAAGAAGAAUCCCGAUACGUUUAUGAUCCCUAUGGCUCUACCAAAUGAAAAUGGGAGUGUUUCUGGUGUAGAACCAACUCCAAUUCCCAGCUACCUGAUCACCUGUUACCCGUUUGUGCAGGAAAAUCAAUCUAAUAGACAAUUCCCUUUAUAUAACAAUGAUAUACGAUGGCAGCAGCCCAAUCCAAACCCCACUGGACCAUACCUUGCCUACCCCAUUCUGUCUGCUCAGCCACCUGUUUCUACAGAGUAUACAUAUUAUCAGCUGAUGCCAGCGCCAUGUGCCCAAGUUAUGGGUUUCUAUCAUCCUUUUCCUACACCUUACUCCAACACCUUUCAAGCUACAAAUACUGUCAAUGCUAUAACCACAGAAUGCACUGAGCGUCCAAGUCAGCUUGGACAAGUCUUCCCAUUGUCCAGCCACCGAGGCAGAAGCAGUAAUCGAGGACCAGUGGUACCAAAACAGCAGCUUUUACAACAGCACAUAAAAAGCAAAAGACCUCUGGUGAAAAAUGUGGCUACUCAGAAAGAAACAAAUGCAGUGGGUCCUGAUAAUCGAUCAAAAAUUGUGCUUUUGGUGGAUGCGUCACAACAAACGGAUUUUCCAUCAGAUAUUGCUAACAAGUCUCUCUCGGAGAGCACUGCCAUGAUGCUCUGGAAGGCCAAAGGCAGGAGGAGAAGGACGUCCCACCCCACCGCCGAGUCCUCUAGCGAACAGGGUGCUAGCGAGGCGGACAUCGACAGUGACAGCGGUUACUGCAGUCCCAAACACAGCAACAACCAGCCUGCUGCCGGGGCUUUGAGAAAUCCUGAAUCGGGGGCGGUGACUCAUGUGGAGUCGUCCGUCUGUGCAGGUGGUGUAAAUUGGUCCAGUGUAACUUGCCAGGCAACUCAGAAGAAACUUUGGAUGGAAAAAAAUCAGACGUUUUCUAGAAGUGGAAGGCAAAUUGAACAAAGAAAUAAUUCACAGGUUGGAUUCAAAUGUCGAGGACACAGUACUUCCUCAGAACGAAGACAAAAUUUGCAAAAGAGACAAGAUAAUAAGCAUGCAAAUUCUAGUCAGCCCCACAGAAGUGACCCAAAUUCUGAGUCUUUAUACUUUGAGGGUGAAGAUAGGUUUCAAGAACUAAGUGAGAAUGGAAAUACCAAGGAUGAGAAUAUUCAACAGAAACUCUCUUCAAAAGUAUUGGAUGAUUUACCAGAAAACUCACCAAUCAAUAUAGUUCAAACUCCAAUUCCCAUUACCACUUCAGUUCCUAAACGUGCAAAAAGUCAAAAGAAGAAAGCUUUAGCAGCAGCCCUUGCGACAGCACAGGAAUACUCAGAAAUAAGUAUGGAGCAAAAGAAAUUGCAGGAAGCUUUAUCAAAGGCAGCUGGAAAAAAGAAUAAAACACCUGUGCAGCUAGAUUUGGGGGACAUGUUAGCUGCUUUGGAAAAACAGCAGCAAGCAAUGAAAGCACGGCAGAUUACUAAUACCAGACCGCUCUCAUAUACAGUGGUGGCUGCUGCUUCAUUCCACUCGAAGGAUUCAACUAACAGAAAAUCUUUCACCAAAAAUCAGCCCUGUUUGACAUCCUUUAAUUCUUUGGAUGUUACUUCCUCUAAAGCAAAAAAAGGAAAGGAGAAGGAAAUCGCAAGACUGAAACGACCCACAGCGCUUAAAAAGGUUAUUUUGAAAGAAAGAGAGGAAAAGAAGGGGCGUUUAACUGUGGACCAUAAUCCUUUGGGACCGGAGGAACCAGCAGAAAUGCACUUAGAUUUUAUUGAUGAUUUGCCACAAGAGAUUGUUUCCCAGGAAGACACUGGACUGAGCAUGCCUAGUGAUGCGUCACUUUCUCCAGCAAGUCAAAACUCUCCGUACUGUAUGACUCCUGUGUCACAAGGCUCUCCAGCCAGUUCUGGGAUUGGCAGUCCAAUGGCAUCUUCAACAAUAACUAAAAUCCACAGCAAAAGAUUUAGAGAGUAUUGUAAUCAGGUUCUUUGCAAAGAGAUUGAUGAAUGUGUGACUCUUCUUCUCCAAGAGCUUGUCAGUUUCCAGGAACGCAUUUAUCAGAAGGAUCCUGUGAGAGCCAAAGCAAGACGACGACUGGUUAUGGGCCUAAGGGAGGUUACCAAACACAUGAAGUUAAACAAGAUCAAGUGUGUUAUAAUUUCUCCAAACUGUGAAAAAAUCCAGUCAAAAGGCGGUCUGGAUGAGGCUCUGUAUAAUGUUAUAGCCAUGGCACGAGAACAAGAAAUUCCUUUUGUGUUUGCCCUUGGAAGAAAAGCUCUAGGGCGCUGUGUGAACAAGCUAGUUCCUGUCAGUGUAGUGGGAAUCUUCAACUACUUCGGUGCUGAGAACCUGUUCAAUAAGUUAGUUGAACUCACUGAAGAAGCUAGGAAGGCAUAUAAAGAUAUGGUUGCCGCAAUGGAACAAGAACAAGCAGAGGAGGCCUUAAAGAACGUGAAAAAGGUACCGCACCACAUGGGGCAUUCCCGGAAUCCCUCUGCAGCAAGCGCCAUCUCCUUCUGCAGUGUUAUUUCUGAGCCCAUCUCUGAAGUAAAUGAAAAGGAGUAUGAAACAAAUUGGAGAAACAUGGUGGAAACUUCAGAUGGACUAGAGACGUCUGAGAAUGAGAGAGAGGUUUCUUGUAAGCACAGCACAUCUGAAAAACCCAGUACACUUCCACUUGACACAAGCCCUGUUGUUAAGCAGCCAUCAUUAGUGGCUGCAGGCAGUACUACCUCAGCUACAAACCCUGGGAAAUCUGCAGCAAGUGAUAAAGAGGAAGUGAAGCCGGAUGACCUAGAAUGGGCCUCCCAGCAGAGCACAGAGACCGGCUCUUUGGAUGGCAGUUGCCGAGACCUUUUGAAUUCCUCCAUAACUAGCACCACCAGCACUCUUGUACCUGGAAUGCUGGAAGAGGAAGAUGAUGAAGAAGAGGAAGAGGAUGAAGACUAUACUCAUGAACCCAUAUCUGUAGAAGUGCAGCUCAAUAGUAGAAUUGAGUCUUGGGUCUCAGAGACCCAGAGAACUAUGGAAACCCUGCAGCUUGGAAAAACCCUGAAUGGUUCCGAGGAAGAUAAUGUAGAGCAGAGUGGAGAAGAGGAAGCCGAGACAGCCGAAGUGUUGGAGCCAGGGGUUGACAGUGAGGCCUGGUCUGCAGAUCAGCAAGCUGGUCCCGAGCAGCCACAACGGAAGCCCAGCAAGUGCAGCUCCCUGAACCAAGAGCACUCGGAGUUUGAUUCUUCACCCCAGAAUGCGUAACUCAGGAAACGUUUGCGUUCUCCAACUGUGUAAGGGUUGUAGCCAUUACCUUUUAUGCUUCAUCUCAACGUUUUGCACUGUCUAGUAUUUAAUAUAUAUGUUUAAUUCCUGAUAACUAUUUUUGUAGCUUUGACCUGUUUUGUUAUGAUCUAGAGCUUAGCUUUUAAUUAGCAUCUAAGUGUUUUUCUAGGAAAUGCGUGGAUAAUUCAGACCUGUUUUGGCUUAUUUUGUAAUGGAAACAAUGAUUACAAAAAGACCAGGUUUUAAAGUAAAUAAAAUUUAAAACGCCUAUUUAAAGUCAUUUUGAAAGUUAAUGAUCAGGGUUAUAGAAAGAUAGAAGCAGUCACCAAUGUUUGCUUUAAGACUAUGCCAUCUUCAUUCUGACUUAUCUGACCUAAAAGUUUUUGCAGCUUCUUUAUGAAAGAACUGGAGGUCGAGUCAGAAAAAUAAACAAAAGCUGCAGAUAACCCAGGUAACCAAGAAACAAAGUGUUUCAUAUUUAAAAAGAAAAGAGAAGUUUGACACAGCUUUUACUUGAUCCACACUUGCUUGUUUCAGAGGUUACAGAGGAUGGUAAUCCAUUAAGUCAGGAAGAAUUAACAGAGUCUUCAAGUCUUGGGCCAGCACUGGAGCCACCAUGGUAGAGUAAAACAAGCUGGCACCAUUGGUGGAAAGUGAUGAAUGUUGUCUGGAUCAGUGAGCAUCACUCAUGACAGGACCUGCCAGAGUCUGUUCACGUUUGCUUCUCACUUACCUCAGGAAUGCUUUUGUACAUAGUGUUAUUUACAUGAAGUUAGGUGAAUAACCAUAACCAGUAGUAUGAUGACAGCACUUACACGGACACUCCCCGAAACGAAGUCUUAUACUGGUGUGUUCUUAUGCACGCUCUGGUUCUGGACACUCUUGACGGGAGAUACAGAUGUGACUGAGUCUCUAAAUUUCUCCAGAGUGUGAAACCAGUUGAUCUUAUUUUAUAAUAGAUUUUUACACCUCGCUUUGAGCUCCUUCCAUUUUAGGACCAUGGCUAACUGAUAGGAGGUCAAGGAAAGGAAUUUUGCACAUCUUGUAAUGUGUAUCUUAGUAAUCAAGGCUUAGAAGAGGAAGGUUGAGAAGAGAAAGUUGUUCUGAUGGUGGUGAAACUAUUAGAUUAUUUAGCGUAUACACAUAUAUGCAGAUAUUAAUUCUUUACUCAUUAUUAGUUAUCUCUGUCCUUCUCUAGGAAUGUAUAUACCUGUUUGGGAGGAAUUAAACUUACUGAGCCAGAUGUUUUAUUUACUAGUUAGUCACUGCCUGGGCUUUAGUGAUUUACAGUAUGUGUACGUAAUGGUGUGAGAAAUUACAAAUUAUUUUCUGUCUUACCUCCAACUCCCUCUUUUUCCCCCAACAGCUCUCCGUCUCCCUGUCCCCCACCCCACAGAUAUACACACUAACUUCCCACAUAGAGGCUCCCAUAAGCAGGCACAAAAAUGAGGAGGAAGGGGUAUUUUCUCCGCCCUGGUUAGAUUGAACAGGGCUUUGCCUUACAGAGGCAGGAAAGAAGUCAGAAGGUUAUUUAUUGAAAUCCUUGGAACUACUGUGCUAGUUUUGAUGUUUUAUAUUGUAUACAUUUAAUUAUUGAAGAAAUUGGAUUCUUGGUCGAUGACUUAGUGUUGGUGCAUUGUGCAAGUUUAGGAGCAAUGCUGUGUAGAAAAUGUCAGUGUAUCAUCUUUAUCAGCAUGCCAAGAAGGGGGCAUUAUUACAUUGUCCUACCUAAACUGUUCUCCAGCAUAGAAUUCCUAGGCACCAGUUAUCCAGUACUUGAGGGAACACAGUAUGUAAGGAAUGAUGCCUCCGGAGUAGUGAUCAUAGAUUUAUACACGGCAGAUCUUACAACCUCUGUACAUUUGGAAGUAUUUGUUUAAGAAAUGAUAGAUGUUUUGAACUACUGACAAUCUUUACAACAAAUUUUAAAACUUUCAUACUUUUCUGAUGUAAAUUUCCUUUGCUCAAUGUCAGUGAUUCAGAUAACUCUUGAUCUUGAGGUAAUGGCUUUUCAAAGGUUUCUUAUAUUUUAUAUCUCUUCUGAACAUGAAUUAUCAUUUCAGAUUUUUGACAUUUGUAUUAAAAAGUUGAGGAAAUCUUCAGAACACCAACAAAACUUUUGCUGUAGACUUCAGAUUCAAUGAUGUGUUCAGUAAACGUUUCUGUACUUGCAGUACCGCCUCUGCCAACAAAUCCAAGGGACCACGGCGUUUUUUUAUACGAGACAGGUCAGCUCCAGCGCACAGCCUGAGCUUUCCUAAAGGAAGUGCUACUGUGUUGAAAGGGGGUGCUUGAAGAAGUGUUAAUAAAGUCUUGAUAAUUGCUUUCUUUAGAUAGAUUUUGAAAUUUGUGUACCUUGAGUCACAGGCUUUGGAGAGGUAGGAACAUUGAGUUUUUUUUUUUUUUUUGUCUGUUUGUUUCACUUUGGAAGUGGAUGUAGUUGGCUCUUUGGAGAUCUAGAAAGAGAUUUAAUGGUGAGAUUAGGGUUUCAGCAUCACAAGAACCACAACCAUAGCAGUUUUUUCUUAGUGUAUAGAGAAUAGAGAUUGUUUUACUGGCAAUAAUAAAUACUAGAUUUCUAUUCUAGCACAUAAAUAUAUGAAUUGCAAUAUAAAUUACACUCUCAAAAUUAGAUUUCUGCUUCAGUAGGUUUUUUUUUUUUUACUGUGAAGGUUACUUCUCAAAAGACAAAUGUUCAUAUUACUUUAAUUUUGGUUUCAAUGUUUGUAAAUGAUGUGUAAUAUAUUUCUUUUGACUAAACAUGGAAAAAUAAUGCGUGUUAUACAUUGAAAUGUUUUUUACAGGCUUUGAUUGGAGGUCAUUUUUGCAGAGAUGGUAUUUUAUAUGCUUCCAGUAUUUGGAAAAGAAUUAGUCAAAAGGAAUUCACAUAGUUUAAAUAUUGAGAAAUUAAUAUCCAAAUAAUAUACUUGUCUGAUUUCUUAAUAAGCUGGGGGAGGUGGGUGGGGUGGGAAUGGUAAUGUGCAAACAAGCAGUUACUCCAUGUUCAUUUUCAACUCUAACAUAAAAUCACUCGAUGUUAACACAUUGUUACUUUAAUAUUUGUAUAAAGAAGUAUUAUUGUUUGUAAGGCUGCUGUUUGCUUAAAAAAAAAAAGAAAGCCCUUGUUAUGUAAGUAUUUUCUGUACAUUGUGCCAACAGGUUAGAAUAUUAAUUUAAUCCAGGUGAAAAUUUUAUUAUUUUGAUUUUUUUAAAUUAUCUGUAAGAUAAUUUAUUUACAGACAUCUUCUUCCUCCUCCCUCAUUCUUUGCAACCUUUUAUACGCAUCACAGAUUCAACCAAAUUGUUGCCUACACCGAAUCUCAGUCCUAAUUAAUGGCAAAAAUUUAAACUUUGUUGGCACAUUCCACAUUAAAAAUAUUUGUAUUCUUUUGUAAUUUAAUUUCUGAAUAGACCACAUGAACUUAUAAUUUAAUGUCUUAAUUGUAAUGUUCUAAUAAUAAAAGUAGUGAAAUUAGUAUGAGUUGUAAAAUGAAGGGAUUUUUCAUCUUGUUCUUUUGCUUUAUGAAGGAUAAUUGUUGUAUCACAUUUGGGGGUUAACAACAGCUUUUUUUUUUUUUUGCACUAUGUAAAUACCAGUGGGGAUUGUUCUGUACUAAUAAAAUGAUUAUUGAAAAGUG